AUGCUGGUCACUUGGCGGACGAAGGCUCAACAAGGAUUCGUCGGGUUCACAGGCCGGUGCGCCGAGGACCUCUUCGCACAAAUCUACGAUCACAGCUCCAAGGCAAUCCCCCUACAGCUUCCGGUCGAACCAACUUACGAAUCGCUUCCACUCGCCUCUUCACACAAAAUGUUAGGUAUUCCAACAUCAGUCCAAUGA